AGAGAUCGACCGUGUUAUAUUCGCUUUAUUGAUUUCGAAUAAUACAUGGUUGAUCUUUUCUCAGUAUCAAAUCUCACCUUGGAGGACCUGUUGGAGACAAGCCCUUUCGAGGGUGGGAGCAGGACGGGUGCUUUGGUGUCGCGGCCUCAGCGGGGGCCUGUCUGGGCAGGGCGGGGGUUGGCUCCCUGUCUCUCUGUCUUCUCACCUUUGGUGUCCCCUCCAUCCUCAGGACAGCUUCCUGGGGGCGACGCUGGCACCAUGGGACACAGCAGCCAUGUUCUUGAGCCAACGGCACUCUGGGUACCUGAGGAGAGGUUGUCUGUGAUGAGUUCGCUUUUAUUAAUGACGAAUAUAACACAGAUGGCCUGUUUUCAGUACCGCCACCGCCCGGUGGUGUGGGCGCAGCGCUUGAGGCGGCCUCUCCCGGGUACGUGAAUGCAUGGGCUGGCAUGACAUUUCUCAUCCUGUCCCCAACCCCCGGCAUCAAACCAUUUGGGGAGAGCUUUCUGGGGCCAUGUGGACUUCGGGGAAGAUGCUGGGGAUGUGCACCGGGGUGGGGGACGGUCAUGAAGCUGAUGAGCAUGAGCGAUGGGUGACAGGGCUCAGUCUGUUUUUCUCAGCUAGUGCCAUUGAGGCAGAGGACUCCAGGGAGCUAGUCCUGCUGGAAGGCAUCUCGCUAGAAGGGCACCUACCCCUCGCCAGGGUGCUGGGGACGGCUGCAGACAUUUCCUGCACCGGGGCUGCCUUCCCCUUGUCCCAGCGCCGUGAGACCCUGGGUGGGAGCCGGUGCCUCCAGCGGCCAUGUGAGCACGUGCUGUUCCCCGUGGUAUGUGAGGGGAGGUGGCCUGUGGUGCGUUUGCAGAAAUCAUGACACAUAAGACAUGAUCGACCUCUGUUCAGUAUCAGAUCCCGGCUGCAUGAUUCCUGUGCCUGCUGGUGUCGGGGAGGGCCAGAUGCACGCCCUGUGGGCCCCCAGGAGCAUGGCUAGCAGCUGAACGUGCACCUGACUUCCACCUGGAGGCGGGUGGCUGGUAGCAGGGCUCGUCACUGAGGACGAAGCCUCCUUCCAGGAGUUGGCACUGCUCAGCGGUUCCUGAAAUAGGUUGGCUGUGAGGUGUUCACUUUCUACAUGAUGAAUAUUAUACAGUCAGCCUCUUUCCGGCAUCCAAUCCCACCUGGGACGCCUUCCUCUUCGCUGCCGGCUCCAGGCAGCAGCUGCCUUUGCACUGGUUGACCCUAUGGACUUUGUUGGGACCUGUCAGCUCCACUCUGUUCUGGAGGGCUUUGGGUGUGCCCCAGUUCCAGCGUCAGCAGGAGCACCUGCCGUGCUCUUGCUUCUGGCUGGCAGUUCCCCCAGGCUGGGCUGGCCUUCAGCUACCCGAUGCUCGUAUUUGCACCCCCAGCCUGCCCAGACUACAGUAAGAUGACCAGA